AUGCCUUCACUGUCUUUCAAAAAAGGUGAAAUCAUUCUCCAAGAGGCCCCGUACGCCGCAGCUGUCAAUGACGUGUCUCUGCAAACCAUUUGUGCCUACUGUUUUGAAGAAGCCACUGUGGAGCCCUGUUCAAAAUGUAAAACAGUCGGCUACUGCUCCAGAGAGUGCAAGCGGAAAGACCACGACGACCACGCCAUGGAGUGUUACGCGAUGACCCACGAGAGUGCUAGGAAUCUCGACACCGAAUGUCGUCUGGUGAUCCGAGCCAUCGCGAAACACCACCGAGAGUUGGCGAAAAAUUCAGUCAGCGUCGGAAACUGGUUCGGGAUCAAACGUAGCAUCAUACAUCUGCUAUCGCACCUUGAUCACUUGGUACAAAAUCCGAGAAAGUACGCUGAAACAGCAGCAAAAGCUAGACGAAUUCUCGCCGUGAUUCAAGACAAGGUCCCAUGCACGUACGAGGAGGUCCUCGCCAUGAUCAUGCGGAUGAGGAUCAACACCUUCGGGGCGUCGACGUCCACUGGUCUUCCUAGCGUUGUGGCAGUUCAUCUUGCCGCGUCGAAGUUCGAUCACUCGUGCGAGCCGCAGAUUCCCGUCACGCACUUAUUCAACAAGCGCAAAAUUUGUUUCCGGGCUGUCGAAGAUUUCACCUGUGAGCGCGAAGACCUCAAAAUAAGUUAUUUGCCACCACUGAUGAGCUACCCUGCUCGUCAAGAGCGUCUGCUGAGCCACUAUUACUUCGAGUGCGGCUGCCAGAAGUGCUGGGACGACUACAAUGCGGGAGCGAAAGAGGACUGUCCUCCUGAAAUCAUCGAAGAACUCGAGACCCUCCUGGCCUGCGGGGAUCAAGACCAGAUCUACGAAGAGGGAACGAAGAUUCUCGAGAGAAUGACCGGACUGCCCGAGGAUAACUACUGGGUCUAUCAGCUCCGCUGCGCCCUCCAAGCGGCUGCUUUCGUUCGCGGUGAAUUCUAUGAGAGCCUUCAGCACGGAUACCACGCCUUCAUCGUCACUCCCGCUGCGUCGUACCAAGCCACAAUUCUGUACAGUAUGUACCUCGCGCUCCAUGAGCUCGGCUGGAACCAGAAAUCGCACGAGCAUCACGAUUACUUCGUAGAGUGCGUCAAAAAAGGCGAGCGUUUGUUCGAUGUUUGUUUCGGGAAAAGACACACCAUUGCGUCCGAGCUUCGUCGUGCCGUUAGAAGUAUGAGACUUGGCGCUUGA